AUGACUUCGUCCCACGGAUUCUCUGCGGACAAUGCGAAGAUUUCUGCGCCCUCAGCUUCAUCAUCUCAUCAUCCAUGGCGUAUGUCUGCCUCGCAUCGUGAAGCACCCACAUUUCAAGGCAUGUAUUUUCCGCGGUAUGAGCGCUACGAACAUUAUCCAUCAAGUCAUACGACAUUUUUGAGCUCUCCGCCAUCAAGCAGCUCGCCUAUGUUUUCUGACAUGGCUACUUCAGCUACGACAUCAAGUGACGCAAAUGCAUCUGGUUUUUGGCACUUUCACGAUCCUUUUACGACGACGUCCCCCCUCUUUCAUGCGCCACCACCACCCAAAUCGCCCAACUUGGUUAAGCCACCUUCAUCUUCGAGAGAGUCUCGUCUUCAAGGUUUAGGGCUUGUGGUCCCGAGUAAUGAGCCUCUCACACGUCGUCGCUCAAUGUCACAUUCAUCGGCGCAUUCUUUUGAAGACCACAUGGCUGUUCAUGGGGGCCUGGACCGAUGGUUUCCCGGACUCAUGUAUGCAUUCGAACCGAUGCAUGAGUCGACAAAUCAUACCCCUUCUCUAGAUGAUCAUGUUGAGGAACCACUAGCUUCUGUGGAUGACUCCGUGGACUAUGUUGCACCACCCUCCGCUGAGCCCCACUCACCGCCUUUACGCUCAUUACAGCUUGUAUCAAAAUACUUCGGAGAUGAAGACCCUCAUGGCGAGCAAAAUGAUCCGAUUCUUUCCACUAUACCUGGUCUACCUCGCGGCUCGCCUGGUGAGAUCCAUGGUCUGGGUGUCUCGAUGUCUCCUAGGUCACCACCGCAGGACAUGCCCACGCCGCUCCCCCAAAAGCGCGGAUCUCGUUUACGUCCGCUCCACCUGGCUGAAAUGCAUAGGCUGGAAGCUCAUGUGCCUGCGGCGCAUGCGUCCAGUGGGGUAGAAGAAGAUCACGUCGCAGACGUCUCGAACUCCAUGUCGCUCAGCCGACCCAGCCAUGCUAGGCAUCAGCGUAUACCAUUUGCAAUUUUGCAUCCUCCCUCUGAGAAAGCCAUCGCUGAUCCUGACGCUGUACGCAUGUUCUGGUAUGGCUUUCUAGGGAUGCCGUGGCUUUGGCUUCUGGGUGGGUGGUGCCUUGAUGACCACGGCAUGUUGCUUUCCCCAUGGUCGCCUCCGUCAUUCGCAUCAUACCGAGCAGGGCUGCAUCCGUAUGGCCCACCGUUCGCGCUGUCAAUGCACGCACAUAACCAGUUCUUGCAGCGAUAUUCACCUUCAGCAUCUGCGACUCAUUCUAUCACACUGGAGCCGAACGUCUUUGGUCCAGAACACCGUGGUGUUCAGUUUCUAGCCCAGUACCCCCCAGACUCGGUGCGAUUGUACCAACUCCAUCAAUGGCAACACACCGAGAGUUUCGUGUUGUUGAAUCGCAUGGCUGCCGCGCUCUCCUCCUUCACAUUCUUUGCAUGUUGGGCCACUGGCGUGUGGACAGUCGUGGCCCAUUUUUGA